GAAGCCAGAGCCUUCCACAAGGCUGUCCUCCUUGUAGGAUUUAUGUUUUCUCUCUAUGUGUGUGUGUGUGGGUGUGUGUGUGUCCCACAUCACUGCGCAGUGCUCUGUCUCCAGGCAAAAACCUCCUCAGAUGAAAUCAUCUGCUCGUGCACUGGGGGGAAGCACUCUGUCUGUCAGCCAGGUCUGGUGAACACGAGGCCCAGGAAGGAAGGAAGGCUUGGAGAUGGAAGAACGGCGCAGGGAGUGUUUUUUUUUUUUCUUUUUUUUUGCAGCAUCGCGUUGCACCGAAGGGCAGUCGAGCGAAUUUUUUCACUCGCGAGGACCUGCGCCUGUUUACGAUGACAUAACGCCGUGUAAUGGUGCUCGAAUGAAAAAAAGGGCUGCAGGGUGUGGAGACGUUUGGCUGCUCCGUCUUUACCUUUCCUUGUUGUUUAAACCUUAAUUAGAAAGCCAGGGUGGAACGAAGGGGGUGUUGUUUUUUUAUUUUCAUUUUAUUUAUUUAUUUAUUUUUUGCCGCAGACAUAUAUUUCGCUGCAAUGCUGCUGAUUAGGAAAUAGAAAUGCAGCGAGAACUUUCCACGCAGAGGAAAGAGGAGUCCGGUGGUGCAGCAGCUUAUUUGUGGAGGAGGGAAGAGGAAUGGCCGCAGUAAGAAAUGGAAGGAGAUGCUUAAACUCCCGCACAUCAGCCAAUGCGAGGAGCUUCGACGAACUAUUGACAGGGACUUCUCCAGUCUAUGUGAGAAGCAGACCAUCGGUCGGCUGCUGUUCCGUCAGUACUGUGACACCCGGCCAGAGCUGAAGCGCUGCAUCGACUUCAUGGACGACGUGGCCAUGUACCAGCUAGCUCCCGACGAGAAGAGGAGGGACUGUGGACUGAAUGUAUUAGACACAUACUUUAAUAACGGGUCGGCGGCCCAUCUACCCGACAUUCCCCAGGAUGUUAUCGCUCGGUGCCGGGAAAGGCUGGAGCAGAGUCCAUGCAAGGAGCUCUUCAACGACUGCACCAAAAUAGUUCGCGAUUAUCUGAGUGGAGCUCCAUUUUCCUCCUACCAGGAGUCCAUGUACUUUUCUCGCUUCCUGCAGUGGAAAUGGUUGGAAAGGCAACCUGUAACCAAAAAUACCUUCAGACAUUACAGAGUACUAGGAAAAGGUGGAUUUGGCGAGGUUUGUGCCUGCCAAGUACGUGCCACCGGUAAGAUGUACGCCUGUAAAAAGCUGGAAAAGAAACGGGUGAAGAAGAGAAAAGGUGAAGCAAUGGCACUAAACGAAAAACGCAUAUUAGAAAAAGUUAACAGUAGUUUUGUAGUUAGUCUAGCUUAUGCCUAUGAGACCAAGGACGCGCUGUGCCUGGUCUUGACCUUAAUGAAUGGUGGUGACUUAAAGUUCCACAUCUACAACAUGGGAAACUCUGGCUUUGACGAGCAAAGGGCCCUUUUCUACGCUGCUGAGAUCUGCUGUGGCCUUGAGGAUCUGCACCGCGAGAGGAUAGUCUACAGAGAUUUGAAGCCUGAAAACAUCCUUCUGGAUGACCGUGGGCACAUUCGGAUCUCCGACUUGGGUCUCGCUGUUCAGAUCCCUGAAGGCGAGACGAUACGAGGGAGAGUGGGCACAGUUGGAUACAUGGCUCCUGAGGUGAUCCAGAACGAAAGCUACACCUUCAGCCCGGACUGGUGGGGUCUGGGCUGUCUGAUCUUCGAGAUGAUCCAGGGCCAGUCGCCCUUCCGGAAACGCAAGGAGCGAGUAAAGCGGGAGGAGGUGGACAGACGGGUGCGCGAGGACCCGGAGGAGUACUCUGAUAAGUUCUCAGAGGAUGCGAAGGACAUCUGCAGGCAGCUCCUGGCCAAGGACCCCAAGGAGAGGCUCGGUUGUCGGGGUUGCGGGGCCACCGAGGUCAAGCAGCACCCCAUCUUCAGAAACAUCAACUUCAAACGGCUGGAGGCCAACAUGCUGGACCCUCCCUUCUUACCAGAUCCUCGAGCCGUGUACUGUAAAGACGUCCUGGACAUUGAGCAGUUCUCCACUGUCAAAGGCGUGAACCUUGACCCCACGGAUGACGACUUCUACUCAAAGUUUGUCACAGGCAGUGUCUCCAUCCCGUGGCAGAACGAGAUGAUUGAGAUGGAGUGCUUCAAAGAAAUCAACAUCUAUGAGACCGACGGGAUGCUGUGCUCAGACCUGGACGUGAACCGGCCCAACCCUCCGCCGAAGCGGGGCUUCUUCUACCGCCUGUUCAGAAGAGAGGUCUGUCUGAAGAGCGGUUACAGUGACGACGAGACAGAAGAGCCCUCACGACUUUAAACCACUCCGUCCCUCCGCCCGCACCCCUCCGCCGCAGAGCUUCACCACAAUCUCCAACCGAGCGCGAGAAUCUUAGGAACUCAGUGAAUGUCGACCUGUAUUUAUGAGCUGUAUUAAAAGUGUAUAAUAGCUAAAGAAAAAAGUAUGACUUUAAAGAUUUUGUACAUUUGUACUUGAAUUUAUGUCUAGAUGUAUAUUUUCACUAAAGGUUGUAUUGUACAAAAAGCCAUAAAAGUACCACUUGAAUGCAUACAUUACCUUAUUUUCUUUUGAUUUUGUUUAUUAUUAUUAUUAUUUGGAAUGAGUAUGAGUCAUGUUCAUUAGGCGGUUUCUUUGAAGAAGCACAUUUUAGUUUCAUUAGUCUUUUUAUUUUUCACGAUGUAGCAUCAGGCCUUUGUUUCCCCCAUUUUUUUUUUAAGAUGUGCCGUAUGUUUGUCCUUUGUUAGCACAUUAGCUCCACUUUGUACCAAACUAACUUUUAGUCGCUAAAGGCCUGAAGUCGCGGGCGGAUCUCAAACCAGACCCAAGAGAUACAGUUGGAACUUAAUCCAGGUUUUCAUCACUGUUAAAGCUGUGAUGCUUGAACUUUUCCCAGGAGUGGAACAGCUGCAGCGGUGAGUCUUUUUAAAGCAUGCGUACAAUCCGCAUGACCGGAUAGGAUGAACUAGACGUGUGUGUCCGGAGACCGGUUUGCAGUGCGUGUUCCAAGUCAUUUUAAGAUCACGUGUUUAUUUUUGGGAAUCUGUGCAGCUACCCAGUGUUAAUAAAACAGAGCAAACGUUGAAAUCCGCAAUUAAUGUUUGAAUUUCAAAAAAAUCUUUCCUAAGCUCCAGCAGGUUCAAAUCGUAAGAUUUGUGAUGCCUAACAGCGUUUCCAAGAAGAAUUCACUUGCUAGUUGCAUAUCUGUUACAAUUUUUGCUCAAGCUGAUUAUUUUAUGGUGAUUUAUGCUUUUUUUAAAUUCAGUACUGCGCUUUCACAUGUUGCUCUGUUGGUAGACUGAAGCAAAGUAGAAACAUUUUUCUUGAAAGCUAAAUAAUUCGCUAUCCUUGUUUUUGGAAUACAAGAAAAAACUAUUUGUUCUGCUGAUUAGAGUUGCAUUUAGAGCUCAAAGAAUGAUUUUGCAUAAAAGUAACCUUGUCCAAAUGCUCAAGAGAAAACAUUAGGAUAGCUUAAAUGUGUGUUUUCUUCCGUGGUGUAGUGUGUGCUACCAAGUUAUAUUAAUUAUUGUUUUAAUAGAAAAAAACAGUACCUGCCCAUUCCAGGUGUUUUGGAAACGCUCUACAAGUGGGCCUUGACUCUCGGACCACUUUCUGGUUACUCCUUUGACUCCGCUGUCUGAAAUCUUGUGCGGUGCGCCUGGUCAUGACUAGUUUUUAGUAAAAACGUGUGGUUUCCACUACUGGGAAAAGAAGUUGAUGUAUCGAGUACUUAUUGCGAUCGGCAGGUUUAAAGAUGAUUUUUGUACAUUUCUCUCUUACAGUUGAAGAAGUGUUUUUCCUUGUAAACCAUCAAACGAUUUUUUCCCCGCACUUUUCCUUUUAUGUUCGUUUCUAGAUUUUGCUGUAGAAGCAGGCGCCGUUUAGCCCCGCCCCCAUCGCAUUCUACACCCAUUUUUAAUGCUGUGAAUACCCCCACUUCAGCAUGAUGGCUGCACAUUUGUGUAUAUUACACCGUUCGAUGACGCAGCUUUGCUCCACUUUGUGAAUUAGACUUCACUAGCUCUACUUUUGUACAGUUCAGCAACUUUAAAGAGAAAUUCAAUUCACAUGAAAGCGGUCUGUAAUUAUUCAUUGCAAUUUUUAGAAGUUGACAUUUGAACUUGAACAUCUCCCAGACACAUUCAGACUUUGAGGCUGCAUAUGUUUGAUGAGUUGUGCUUUGAGUUCCCAGUCUAUUAAACCAAUGUGUUAUGAAAUUUUUCUUUUGUCCAGAAAUCAGAUGUGAACAUCUAGUAGUUUCUCGCUUAUUUGAUUCCUCAAUUUGUCUUUGUUGUCCUUUCAAAAAGAAAUCUAUAAUUUGCUUUGCUCUCAGGCAGACUUUGAAGCUGGUUCCAUUAAUGUAGAUUUUAGCCUCAAAGCAAACUUGUAAAUUCUGUAUUUCUAACGUGUAACUAAAAAUUUGAGGUGAAAACUUAACUGCGUCCGUCACCCAUGCCCGUAUCUUUGUUUGUAAGGUAUUUCAUAUCAAUCCACAUAGCAUUGAAGAUGUUCUAUCAGAUCCAUUGCACUGUAUAUUUUUUGACAAUGACUUUGAGAAGUGUCUUUUAACUGUUCUGACAAUGAUACCAAAAGCAACCUUCUCCAGAUUAAAACAUUUUUCUUUUUUAGAAGAAUUUACUCAAGAAAAAAAGAAACCCAACAGCCUUUAUUAAAUGUGCCAAUUACCAAUUUAGUUUCUAACAUCCUGCCUUCAUAUUUUUUUUACCUCAUUUACUUCCCAUCCACUGAAAUUUCUCCAUAUACAUAAAGAAAAAAAAAACGUAAAAACUUAAAUCAGCUCAACUGUUUUGAAUGUCCGCACUAAGUGCAUUGUAAUGCCUGUUUAAGAAAAAAACAAAAAAAAAAAAACAAACAAAAAGACAUGUUUUAUUACUCAAGCAUGUAUCAAUUUGUAAUACUUCAGGAUCCUUGUGUGUGUAAGUGAUGACCUUCUUGUGCCAACAUGUGUCGCUGGUUAUCGGAGGACGACUUUGUGAAUGGCCGGGAGUGACCAGCAGAGCUGGCCUGUUGGAUAACAAAUGUUCCUGGUUUGUUCCUGCCUUUCUGUCGGCGCGUUGACGGCGAGUCAAAACUGAGAUGAGGCUCGCCAGCAAGCACCUACAAAGUGGAAUAUCACUUGAAUUAGUUUAUAGGUAAUGCACCUGUACAAAUUCAGAUCUUCUGCAGUUUCAUUUCUGUAGUAGGAAAAAAAAAAUACAGCAAAAGGAGAAUGAACAAAUGGAUUUUUGGUAUUCAAACAGGGAGUUGAUUUUUUUUUUUUUCUUUCCAUGUUCAGUCUGUACAGUCAUGUUAUUCAACCACUGCGGUCAUUGUUAAUUCUUGUACAAGUUAUAUCACUGGUUGUUGUACCAUAUCUGACAUUUGUAAUUAUGAAAUAAUACACUGCCAUUUGUAUUAAAAGAGGUGUCUUAA